GAUGGCAGGGCGAGCGGGACAUUGAUAUGCUGCUGCUGCUGCAGGGCGUUGUAUAAGAAGGAGCUGCAGGGAGCGGAGGAGAAUUAAGCAGGAUCACAUUUCUCCUCUGUGAAUGGAAGAGAUUAACAAAAUGUUUGGGACUGUGGUGGUUGGAGUUGGAAUUGCUGGCUUAGCACGGAUCCGAGACUUGAUGAACCCGAUGCCUUCCAGCCCUUCUGAGCAUCUGAAACUCCUUGGAUUUGUAUCCAGGAGAAGUUUUGGCAGUAUUAAUGAAGCCAAGCAGAUUAGCCUGGAAGAUGCUCUGAGAAGCAGGGAGAUCCAUGCAGCCUUCAUCAGUACAGAGAACAGAAGCCACGAAGAAACCAUCAGAAUGUUUUUAGAAGCUGGGAAACAUGUCCUUGUUGAGUACCCCAUGGCUUUGUCUGCAAAGGCGGCCCAUGAACUCUGGGAGAUGGCUGAGCAGAAAGAUAAAGUUCUUCAUGUGGAGCACAUUGAACUUCUGACUGAAGAGUACAAGCAGCUGAAAAAGGAAGUGGCUGGGAAAGACCUAGUGAAAGGAACAUUGCAUUUCACAGGUAGUGUCCUUGAUGAAAAGAAAGCAGGAUUCCCAGCUUUCAGUGGAAUUGCCCGAUUGACUUGGCUCAUUGACCUCUUUGGAGACCUCACUGUUACUUCUGCCACCAGAGAAGAGCAGAAGGAUACGAAUUAUUCCCGAAUGACCGUUCAUUUUCAGACGGCAAACAAGAAACCUCUGACUUGGAUUGAAGAAAGAGGACCAGGGAUGAGACGUGAAAAAAUCAACUUCUGUUUCACCAGUGGUUGCCUGGAGAACUUCCCUCAAGCCCCAAGGUCUGCUGUGGGUCUUUUCAUGCAGGAUCAGAACCUCUUUGCCAAAAAACUGCUGGGCCAGGUAUCCAAGGAGGAGCUGGCUGCCGAGAAAUGGCGAAUUUUGCGGUGUCUUGACCUUGCUGAGACAAUCCAGCAACACUGUGAACAGCCAGAGAAAAUCUGUUCCUAAGGCCGCUCUUACAGAAGGAGGAAUGGGGCAAACAGGAAAGCUUUAGGUCUAGAGCUCAGUGUUGCCAUCAAGCAGUUGCUAUUUCUGUUUCAUUACAUUCUCUUUGACUAGAUGUGAUACCUAGGCUCUCUGUGUGGGCUGGAGAGCCUGGGCCAUACCCUGUGCCUUCUGCUGUUUGCUGGAACAAAACAACAUGUUACCCUGCUCCAAUGUAUUGCUGUACUUACAGGCAGGUAGGAACCUAGCAGCAGCAAGCUUUCUUGUGGUUGCUCCCGAUCAAUUCAGUUGGAAAUGUCCCUGAGAGCAGAUCUUGGAGGACUGCAAAUACUUGACAUGAUUUUCCUUCCUGUGGAUUUUUUCUCCUCUAUUUGGGUAUGUCUGAAAAUGAGAGACAUAUAACAUUACCUAGAAUGAAGUUUUAGAUGAGUUUUCCACCUCUUGAACUUGUGCCACCACAAGGUAUUAAGAAAAAAUAACUAAUGUGCUCCUGGAAAUAGUAAAAUUCAUUAAAAAUAGUGAUAAAAUUAGAAUAGAACUGUAAAAAAUGGAGCAAUUUGCAAAUAUAGCCAUGCAAUUAUGGAGUAUCACACCUGUGGGGAUGGGUGUUUAGCAUUUUACAGUAGUCCCAGGGUCACAUAUGAAGACUCUGUCAUUUUCCUAAUGAAAAACUUUAAGGAGGAGUCUAAGCAGUGCACAAAGCUAUUAACGAUUUCUGUUUGCCUUUUACUUUCUAAUUACAGCAUCUUCCUAUGCUCUAUUAAUAUAGCAGCAAACUUUGGUCUGCACAGUUGUUCUUUCAAACACACAAUCAUCACGUCUUUACUACAUUAUCACUUCAGCAAUUUUUAAUGAGGGAGCGUAUGUGUUAUGAAUGUAUACAUAAUUAGAACCACUCAAUACUGAUGGAAAAAGGUCUUUCUUUAUUUCAAUCAUGUUCAUUCAGAAGUUGGUUAUAGUUCAGUUAGAGUUUGAAAUGGGGAAGGAAAGACUGCAAUUUUUUUCCAAAUCAGAUUUUAGGAGCAGUUAGAGCUUGAUAUGGGAAUGCAUACGAGAUUUGUUUAAAUCUUUUCUAUCUGUUAAAAUCAGCAAAAAGCCUCUUACUGACUCCAGUGGAUUUGAAAUCCCUGUGGGUCGCCAGCAGAUCUGUGCAGGCAGACCAUGUGCUUGUUCACCCAAAGGGACACACCUUCCUGAGCAUUCACAGCGACUUCUUUACCAGUGUAAUGGACAUUGCCUGGGCAGACCUGAUGCUGUACGAGUCGGAAGGAUUUUAUUCCGAUGGCAUUCAUGGCAAAAUACAAAAAGUCCAUAUUGGAUCAAAGUGAAAUUAAAAUCUGUUGUGUAUGUGUAUCUGCUGUGUGUGGCAGCACACAAGAUUUCCUGUUUCUUGACAGACUCCUUGGCUGUGAAUGUGGGGUGAAUACCACUUGCCAAUUCACAACGGGUAGUCAGGGAGGGAUGGCAAAGGCAAGGGAGACUUCGUGCUCCCAUCUGUAAGCACAAAAACUGGCCCCCAAGGCUCCCUGGGCCCACUCUGCAGUUACUGGCGAGGGCUGUAGAGCGCUGUAUUCCUCCAGGGAAUAAAGAAUAAAUUCAUGGGAGUUCUGUAGAGCAGCAGCAUAACCAUGCAGUGAAUCAUCCUCUGGAAGAUGCCUGUUUCAGUAGCGAGCACCUGGGGAAAUUAGCUGUUUAAUUUGAGCUAGUGGAGGCAGGUUCUGGGUAUCUGUGCUCUCCUCCAUCCCCACCGUUCCUCCCAGUGAACCGGCUUGCCUUGCUGUCUGCUCUGCACUUGGGGGACCCUGGAGUGUUAAAUUGCUUUUUCUUCAGCACUGUGAAUUUGCUGAUGUACCACCAUGGUUUGUAUACAAGAGCUACUGGAUGUCAAGCUUCAAACUUAUAUAGUGUUUAACCAGAUGUCAAAUGCACCAAUAAAAGGAUUGGA